UCAGACACAGUGCCACGUAAGCAGUGCCACAUCAGCAGUGCCACAUCAGACAGUGCCACGUAAGCAGUGCCACAUCAGCAGUGCCACGUCAGACACAGUGCCACAUCAGCAGUGCCACGUCAGACACAGUGCCACAUCAGCAGUGCCACGUCAGACACAGUGCCACGUCAGCAGUGCCACAUCAGCAACAUGACGGGCCUGCCAGGCCAACUGGCCAAUGAGCCCAUUGCCGACUACAAAAAGCGUGUCCAUGCUCAGCUCGCUGCAAUCGAGGCUGGGGAACAACGCCAGCUGGCAGUCAAGGCUGCCCAGCUACAGGCUGAUGAAGCGGCAACAGCAGAGAAGCUGCGGCUACAGGCCGAAGCAGACGCAAAUGCCCAGGCUCGCCGCAAGGAAGCCCAGGCUCUGCUGCAGCGGCAUGAAGCCAGCAGCAUCGAGAAACUCAAGUAUUGGCAUUUUGAACCAAACGGCGACGAGCCAACACCGGAAGAGCAGCAUAAGGAGUUCAUGGCCAAGCUCGUGAGCAGGUUGGUUUACACAUGUAACCACCUACAGUCCGAGCUGGCAAACCUCCAGCGGGCCGUGCGGAACCAAAAGACUCAGCACGAGGAUGCCACACGGGCACUGGACGCCCGUGUACAUGACUUGGAACAAGUUCCACCAAGACAAGAUGCUGGAGCUUCCAGCAGUGCAUCCUCUAGCCGCCAACUGGAGGAACACGUUGACCACGUAGUGGCAAUGCUUGGCGACAUCAGCACCUUUGCUGCGCCAACCAUCGUCAGCAGUCAGCUGCAUACCUUGAAGACCGAGUUCCAGCAGCUGCAGUCGACGAACGCGGAUGAUAAUCCGAAGAUGUACAAGAUGCCAACUUUCCAACUGGACAAGUUCGACGACUACACACAACAGGAUCCGGUCCUCUGGUGGGAGGCAUUCACAACGCAACUCAGGAUUCUGCCUGUCGCCAAGCACGCUUACAUCGGCGCCCUGUUCCUGAACUCAAAGGGCGGAUGCCAGACCUGGUUGAGCCACCUGGCAACCUAUCAUGGCGUCGACGUACCGGACUUGAAGGAUAAAAUCACAUGGGAGGAACUGACACGGCUGUGGAAGAAGCGGUUCAUCGUCGACGACGCGCCGACUCUUGCCAUCAACCGUCUGUUCACCAUGUCACAGGGCAACACGGCAACACGGGAUUGGCUCACGGAGUGGCAGAAGAUUGCGGCGGUGCCCAAUCUGGAAUUGGCAUUCACGCAUCUACGCCGUGAGUUCUACAACAGAUCCUGUGCGGCAUUGAGCCAGGCUCUUGGUGAUCGCGAGCAGUACUCCACUUUCGCCGAGAUUAUCGACAAGGCGAGAGAGAUCAUCAAGACCAACAGGUCAGCUGCACACGAGAAGUCACCAUGGCAGCCGACCUAUGUGGAGAAGGUACGAACUGGUCCGCGACAGCAGCACUUCGCUGCAGUCCAGCAGGACAGUGGAGAUAACCCAGCAGCCACUCCAACAUCAAGUGACGGAGAUCAGGUGGCUGCUGUCCAGCCGCGAAGCAACAACAAGUCCCGCAACAAUGGGAAGGCGAAAUCCGCAUCGCAGGCAGGAAAUGGACAGCCAGUUCCAUGGGUCAAGUUCGGCUUGACCGAGGCGGAGUACAAGGUCCGCGGCCGCUACGGCAGCUGCUAUUGGUGCAACAACACCAAGCACAAGACCUCCCUGUGCCAGGAUCAGGGCAAGGAGGAUGUGCGMCCCCGCCUCAACUCGGGAAACUGAGCUCCGCGGAAGGUGAGGCGACUCCACCUUCUACUCCGCCAGAUUCGGCCGCCUUGCUAGCGGCCUCCUGCACAUCUGGGGAGAACGCGAAUGUCGCAGGUUCU